UAUCUUGGUGAAAGCCCCGCUGGGCGGCCGCCGGGGCAUGGGAGCACCAUGCCCGCGGCCAUGUCCGCGAGUCAGGCGGAAGCCAUGGCCAAGAUGAAAGUUGAGAUGCUGCGGCAGAAAUUGCUAUUGAAGAAGAAGGACGCUGAAGACAAAGGUUCGGGUGAUUCCGUGGAGGUGUUCUUGGCCAGCAACAAGACGGCACUGGAGGUCUUGGCCCAGGACCUGGCGCGGAAGCGCCCGGGCGCAGCGCCCUUGCGCGCUCGGCUAACACCCCGGGAGGAGGAAAGGGACCAAGUCCUGUCGCAGGGGAAGGAGAACGGCGCGAAGAGGAAUGAAGGCGCGAGAGAGAUCUCCGAUGAGGCCAAGAGAAAGAAGAAGGAGAAGAGGGCAAAAAAGCUGGAAGUCGAAGUGCCUCAAGACGAGCAAGUCAUGACAGAGGAGGAGGAAGACAGCCCUCAACCAGAGGACCAGGAUGAAGGAUAUGUGCAAACGGAAGAGGCCGAAGAUUCAGUGGAGAUGAAGGAGACCAAGAAGAAGAAGAAAACAUCUUCCAAAGGAGAGAAGAAAUCUGCGAAGCCCGUGGAAAAGUCGCGAAAGAACAAGUCGAAGGAGGUCAAGAGGGAAGCGCCCAAAGUGAAGGAGACGAAAAAGGUGAAAGAGAAGGAAGUUUCUCCAAGGAAGGCGAAGAAGGUCCCUUCUGAGGAGCCUUCCAGAGAAAAGAAGGAGAAGGGAAGAAAAGCAGAUUCCUUGAAGGAGAGGGAAAAGAAGGAGAUAGCUAAAGAGAGAAAAGCAGAGCGGACCAAGGAGUCUCCUCGAAGCCCCGCGAAACGAAGCCCCGCGAAGCGCAAGCGCAGCAGGCGCAGCAAGCGCAGCAAGGUGCCCGAAAGCCCACAGCGGGCGAAGACGCCGCGACGUUUACCCAGUCGCAGCCGGAGUCGACCUCGUCGCAGUCGGAGUCCAAGGCGUCGGCAGAGCCCGAGCAGGCGGAGAAGCCGACGCCGUUCCCCGCGACGAACGCCGGACCCUCCGCGGCGCUCCCGGACCCUCCGGAAGUCACCACCGCGGUCGCGGUCGCGGCGCUCGCAGCGCUCGCGGCGGCGGUCGCAGUCGCGGCGGUCGCGCAGCCGAAGACCGCGGUCCAGAUCGAAGAGCCGCAAGGCCGCUCCGAAGAACCGCAGCAGAAGGCGCAGUCGCAGUCGCAGCAAACCGGCGAGGAAAGCUUCUUCGUCGCAGAGGAAAAAGGCGCGCCGCAGCCACAGUGCGGGCAAAGCACCACCAGAGCGCACGGUCGCGCCGCCCCCAAGUGCGCAGGCGACUGAAGAGGUCUUGGCUGAGCUCGCCAAGUUUCCGCCCUACUGCUGUGUGAGGCUCAAAGGAUUGAAGAUCAACACCGAUCUCAACGGCCUCAGCGGCAUUGCCUCGGCAAGCGGUGCCGUGGGCCUCAAGUGUGAGCACCUCUGUGUGCCCCCUCUGCUUGCUUGCACCGCCCAGCAGCGGCCCGCCAUGGCUUCCUGCGGCGUGCUCCUCCUUUGGGCGCUGCCCCGGCUAGUGGCUCUGUCCCUGCUCUCUUGCCCUCAUCCUUUGCCAACCAUCGGCCAGUCGACCUUUGCCCCUGGCGGCAUACCAUUGCCGGAACGUCGGCAUCAACCACUCGGCCGAGCCAGUCACUAUCAGCGGCGCCAGCUCACCUCCAUCCUCUUGCAGGCAUGGGCCUGCUCUGCGCUGCCCCUUGAUCCAAUGCUCCCUUCCAUCCGCUGGCGCCGGCGCCGGGCUUGCUGGGUGCCCCGCCGAGGCCGUGGAAGGGUCCGCCGGCGACUACGCCGCCGCACUGGCUUCAUCGGGAUCCGUGUGGGGGAGGCAUCAAAUCCAGGGCCUCCAGCCCCUGGCACCCCUGUCGGCGGCGAGCGGCAACCUAUGGUGGUUGAUGCCUCUGGGCCAGGGUCGCGUGAGCGAUCCCCGCCGGCAGCUCGCCGGACUGAGCGGGUUUUCUGCCCUGUUCCAGGGUGCCCCGCCGCUGCUUCGUCUGGCCGUGGCUGGACCUCCCACGCAGCCAUGCGACCGCACCUCGAAGAUCACGCCGCUGGCACCUUGGAAGGGGAAGUCCCCCAGGCCUAUCGGGCUCGCCAUCACCUUGACCUGUGCUCGGUUUGUGGGGGGUUAGUGGCAUCCCGCUUCAAUGGUGCGCACCCACGCUGUCGGCCAGCAGCUCGCCGAGCUGUCGUGCCAGUCCCUGCCGCAGGCCUGGCACUGCCUGGGCCGUCCAUUGAAGCCGUCUUCGCUGAGCCUGCCCCAGUCCUCCGGCAUGUCCCCAAAGCUGCGCGAGCCGCUUGGGCACAAUGCCUUUCUCGCGCCCUUGGGCAAGCGGCAGGCAACAACACCUCGCAAGCGUGGCGGGACUUCUUCAUGCUCCCCAAGGCGGUGCUCCACCCUGCUCCACGUGGAGGGCGCCGGCACCGCCUCCAGGCCGCGCAGUUCACCCAGCGGCGCUGUGCCAGAUGGCUGGCUGGUGAGCGCGAGGAACUUUGGGGAGACUUGCCCGGUCCUCGCCGUCGCCGGCCUCGGGACGAUGAUGAAGAGGCAGCGCAGGCUGCCAGGCAGGCCCGAUGCUGUGCCUUGGCCGCUGAAGGGGAGCUCUCACGUGCCUGUGCUGCCCUGGUGUCUCCGCCACUCUUGGACAACACGACUGAUGUUGUUUCCAAGCUGCAAGCCAAACACCCCCGCGCCGCCCCUGCCCGCCCGGCUCUCGUCGCUCUAGGGCUGCCUGCCUUAGCUGCUGUGCCCGAGCUGGCGGUGGAGGACGUCAUCCAGGCCAUCCGCUCCUUCAGCCGUGGGAGUGGCGCGGGCCCCACUGGCCUUCGAGGUGACCACCUUCGCGAGGCCCUCGCUUCCCCUCAUGGAGACGAGAUGGCUGUCCAGCUUGCCGAUGUUGUGAAGCUGCUCGUCCGCGGAGAGGCGCUGGCCGAGAUUGCGCCCCACCUUGCUGGAGCUUCCUUACACGCAUUGCCGAAAGGGGGCCAUCCGCCCUGCAGUGCCGCUGGGCUGUGCUCUGCACCAGCCACGACCUCAAUGGCAGUUGGUGAUGGUGAGUUGGUGUAA